AUGUCAAGUAAUUUAGAAUCGGACAUGCCUUCUGAUCUUUUUUAUAUUAUCAACUUUUCAUGUGCAAUUCUAGCUUCAAUUAUUGGUUUAAUAUUUAGUUUUACGUUUAUAAUAGUUAUUAUUACUAAUCGACAAUGUCACAAUAUGUCUAAUUUACUUGCAUGCAAUUCUUCAGUUGCUGUUAUCUUAUAUUUAAUCUUGACUAUUUUUGCAUCUAUAUAUGGUUUGCGUGAAGAUUGGGCAUGGAAUGCACCAUUGUGUAUUUUUCGAGCGUAUUCUAUUGUGGUUGCAUUAGGCACUGUUUGUUAUUCAUUUUCAAUGCAAUCUCUUAGUCGUUGGUUUUUUGUUAUUCAUUAUAAAUUAAGAUAUCUUCUUACAUGGCGUACACAUUCGAUUAUGAUUAUUUUCAAUUGGCUUAUUAGUUUAUCAAUCCCAAUAGUACCUUUAUUUAUUGAUGGAAGUCUUGGAUUAGAAAAAGAAUCACGUAGUUGUAUAGUAAAAACUAAUGCAUUUGCAGCAGCAAUAUUUUCUAUAAUCAUGGUCAUUAGUAUACCAUUGAGUGUUAGUACUAUGGUUUAUUGUUCUAUUUUAUAUCAUACACGUCAAUCAGCUCAUCGAAUUCUGCGUUUUAAUCAAAAUAUGAAUAAAUAUAAGACAAUACAUAAUGUUAAACGUGAGGUGAAGCUUGUGCAACAUAUACUCAUUCAAACUGCUUGUGCUUCAUGUGGUGGAAUUAUAUUUCUGAUUAAUGUUUUAUGGCAAGCAUUAUCAGGAAUACCUCUACCAAAACAUAUGUUUUUAUUAGGAGUCAAUUUAACAACAAUAGGUGUUUCACUUAUGACUAUUUCACAUUUUAUGUUAAACACGCAAGUUAAAAAUAUUGCUUGUCGAUACUCGUGUGAUUGUUGUUAA